CCGGCCCGGGGCAGGGCGGCCAUGGGCGCCAAGCAGAGCGGCCCGGCCGCUGCUAACGGCCGCACCCGCGCCUACUCGGGCUCGGAUCUACCUUCCAGCAGCAGUGGAGGCACCAAUGGGACCGCGGGCGGCGGCGGCGGCGGCGGCAGCAGCGGGGCGCGGGCCGCGGCCGCCGGGAGGUUUCCGGCUCAGGUGCCCGGCGCGCACCAGCCCAGCGGUUCGGGCGGCGCCGCGGCGGCCUCAGCGGCCGCGCGCAGUCGCUCCCUCGGCGGGGCCGUGGGGAGCGUGGCGUCGGCGGCCCGCGCGGCACAGUCCUCCUUCAGCAUCCCCAACAGCAGCAGCGGCCCGUACGGCUCGCAGGACUCGGUACACAGCAGCCCCGAGGACGGCGGCGGCGGCGGCGGAGGCAGAGACCGGCCGGCGGGCGGGGGCCCCGGCGGGCCGCGUCUGGUGAUCGGCUCCUUACCAGCUCAUCUCUCGCCGCACAUGUUUGGAGGAUUUAAGUGCCCCGUAUGUUCAAAAUUUGUACCUUCAGAUGAAAUGGAUUUGCAUCUUGUGAUGUGUUUAACAAAGCCAAGAAUAACCUAUAAUGAGGAUGUACUGAGUAAAGAUGCUGGGGAAUGUGCAAUAUGUCUUGAAGAAUUGCAGCAGGGAGAUACUAUAGCACGACUGCCUUGUCUAUGCAUAUAUCAUAAAGGCUGCAUAGAUGAAUGGUUUGAAGUAAAUAGAUCUUGCCCUGAGCACCCUUCAGAUUAAGCAUCAGCUUCCUGUUUUAUAGGUUUUCUUGUCUUUCCAAGAUGCUUGAAAAACUGAGAGGAUAUGAGGAUCUGUCUCUGGAAAAAGAAAAAACUGCAGGCAUACUCAGCCAGAAAUCUGAGUUCUGUGAGACUUGGUAAUGCAGAGAUGGACAAUCAUACAGGGGGAUAACCCUGCUAAAGAGAGGACAGUUGCCACAGAACUCAGUGUACCAAACCAUGCAUAUAAAGGACACACAGGGAUUUUGAAAAUGCUGCACAUCCCUUAAUAGUCAUCUACAUAGGUAACACUGAUAAACAUUUUGUAUUCAGACGCCAAAGUUAACUGAUUUAGAAGUUGAUUUUAUUAAGUUCUGUAGAGCUGCACAACUAGUUGUGGUUUGACUUGGUUUUUAGUUGGGGGUCACUUUAUUUUUCCCCAACACGAUGUUUCUGCAUUCAUCUAUUCUUAAACUGAAGACCGCAUAAUGUACUUCUUAUAAAUUAAAGUCUUAAAUGUGAAAAACAAGAAAUGUAAUCAAGCAGUAAAACAUUGUCUGAAUGUAGACCAUGAUCUCAAGUUCUUCUGUUUUUUUCCCCCAAGAGUGGAAAAUAGACUUCUGCAUAGGAGAGCUAAGAUAUGUUAAUAUUUGAAAUUAAAGGUGUAACAGUACCAGAAUGCAGUCCAAAGAGUAAAUCAGGUUACAUAGUUACAUUUUAAUGAACUAAAUCUAAGAUUGUUGAUUGAAUUGCAAUUUGUUAAAUCUAUUAUUUCCUCCUAAGUAAAACCGCUCAAUAGUUAAUCAGUAAUGAAUCAUCUUGCAGCUAUGCAACUUUUUAAAAAAAUACAAAUUACCAAUUUUAAGUGCUGCCAGCUAUAAUAACUUUGUUUUAACGGGUAUUUUUAUUUGUUCUCUUCAUGUAAUUAUUUUAUUGUGCUUUGCAUCUCCAGACAGUUUUCCCACAUUUGGGUAGAAUGUUUAGCAGGUUGUAAACUUCGUAACUUAUGAAAAGGGUAAAAUAAAAUUUUCUUGAGUGGAACUUGGAAUAAUUUGAGGGACAUUUUAUAUACUUUUAAAAAUCAGAAUUUAAUCGGGAUGCCAGAUUUAUAGCAAUUUGCAUCUUUAAUUUUCCAGAUAAUCUGGAGGGUAGUGUUUGAUAAAUGAUUUUUUAAAGCAAAUAUGAAGAUUUUGUUAAUUUAUAAUUUAUUAAUGUGUUAUUACUGUAAUUGAAAAUGUUAUAGAGACUUUUAAAUUCAGUCUUGUGUAGAAAGAAAUGUAUUAAGCAAAAUUAUGUGAAUAAAUAUUCCCAUAAAAUACAUCUGAA